CUCCGCGCCUGCGAGUGGCGGUGUGGAGAAGAUCAGCAUCAAAUGGACAAGCGAAGUACGAAGCCAACAUGUCUGCCCCCUGAAGGAGAAAAACAGAAAUAGAAACAUUGUGACAGCACAGGACGACAAGCGGUGGCUGGAUUCUCUUGUUGGCUUGGUGGAAAGCUGGAAACAUGUCAAAGAUCUCCAAGGCAGCCAAGGCUGUAAAGAAGUUGGACAUAAGCGGUGUGAUCCGGGCUAUAGUGAGGUCAGGACAGGCGGCCCCUGGGCCCCCACUGGGCCCCAUCCUGGGACAGAGAGGAAUCCCUAUCGGACAGUUCUGCAAGGACUUCAAUGAAAAAACUAAGGAGAUGAAGGAGGGCAUCCCUCUUCCAAUCAAGAUCAACGUGAAGCCCGACAGGACGUACGACCUUCACAUCGGUCAACCCACCGUCUCGUACUUCCUCAAACAAGCGGCGGGCAUCGCCAAAGGAGCCGGAAAGACAGGGCACGAGACGGCGGGCGUGGUGUCGGUGCGAGCCGUGUACGAGAUCGCCCAGGUGAAAGCCCAGGACGAGUGCUUCAAGAUGAGGAACACCUCGCUGGAGAACGUGGUCAAAAGCAUCGUGGGCUCGGCCCGCUCGCUGGGCAUCAAGGUGGUCAACGACCUCUCCGCUGGCGAGUACAAAGUGUUCUUGGAGCAGCGAGAAGAGAAAUUGAAGGCAGACGCGGAGGCAGCGGCAGCUGCGGCUGAAGCGCCGCCGCAAGGCAAGAAGAGAUGAACGGAAACCUCAUGCUGUGGCACUUUACUGACACCUACAGGCCGUGUGAGGUGCACCACGGUCCUCUCGGGAAAUAAUCUUUACAUUCAGGUUAAGUACAACGGCGAGGUGCACUAGUAGAAGGACGAGGGCCCAUUAUUAUUAUUUUUCAACUACUGUGGCAUUUCUGCCACUCUAGUAGCACAACUUUGGCAUACUAGUAGGACAACCAUGUUACAAGUUAGGCAAAACUGUGCACUAAUUAACAUCUUCAUCCUAAUAGUAUCACUAGUGAAGUGCUAAUGUUAACUAGUAGAAUUUGAUGUCACCAGCAGUACUAUUAGCACACAGUUGUCAACUCGUGCACAGAUUUACCUCACUAGUAACAUGUAGUUGUCCUACUGGUGAGGACAAAGAGUGUCCUUGAUAAGGACGCCACUAGUAGUGACACAUUCCUACAGGUUGGACCCAGCAAUGUUGCUAGUGCAGCACUGUAGUUUACCACAAAGGUUUAAUUGCAAACUAGUCGGCCAACAGUGGUACUAGUUGUAGUAAAAACAUUACUAGUGAGACAGUCGAUCUACUAGUGCUCCCUAGUCAUUCUACGAGUGCGCUGGAUUGUCUUACCAGUGAGGACAGAGCGUGUACUAGUAUAUGGGCCUUAAGGUGGAUGUCAAGGAUAUGGAAUAAACAGCUUUCCUUACCUGCCCAUUCCUAUUUAUACUCAUUGUAUACACGUACCAAUGUAUAUGUAUGUGAAGCAGCACUGAAUAAAAAAAAAAAAAAUUCAA